AAGCCUCAACCCGAACCCGCGCCGCGCCCUUCUCCCUCCUCCUCGCUCCUCCUCCUCCUCCUCCCACCGCGGCGGCGACGCCAUGAGGAUCGAGGAGGUCCAAUCCACCUCCAAGAAGCAGCGCAUCGCCACCCACACCCACAUCAAAGGCCUCGGCCUCGACGUGAAUGGGAACGCGAUACCCAUGGCGGCGGGGUUCGUGGGGCAGGUGGCGGCGCGGGAGGCGGCGGGGCUCGUCGUCGACAUGAUUCGGCAGAAGAAGAUGGCCGGGCGGGCGCUGCUCCUUGCGGGGCCGCCCAGCACAGGAAAGACCGCGCUGGCCCUCGGCAUCUCGCAGGAGCUCGGGAGCAAGGUUCCCUUCUGCCCAAUGGUUGGAUCAGAAGUGUACUCGACAGAGGUCAAGAAAACCGAGGUGCUUAUGGAGAAUUUUAGGAGGGCUAUUGGUUUGCGGAUAAAGGAGAACAAGGAAGUGUAUGAAGGCGAAGUAACUGAGCUUUCUCCGGAAGAAACUGAGAGUGUGACUGGCGGCUAUUCGAAAAGCAUUAGCCAUGUGAUUAUUGGACUAAAGACUGUUAAGGGAACUAAGCAGCUGAAGUUGGACCCUACAAUCUAUGAUGCUUUAAUCAAGGAAAAGGUGGCUGUUGGUGAUGUUAUUUACAUAGAAGCAAACAGUGGUGCAGUGAAAAGAGUGGGCAGGUGUGAUGCUUUUGCUACAGAAUUCGAUCUUGAGGCGGAGGAGUAUGUUCCAAUUCCUAAAGGGGAAGUUCAUAAGAAAAAAGAGAUAGUGCAGGAUGUUACUCUACAUGACCUUGAUGCUGCAAAUGCUCGUCCGCAAGGAGGGCAAGACAUAUUAUCCCUUAUGGGACAGAUGAUGAAGCCAAGGAAAACUGAGAUCACUGAGAAACUGCGGCAGGAGAUUAAUAAGGUUGUUAAUAGGUAUAUUGAUGAAGGAAUAGCAGAGCUUGUGCCUGGUGUAUUGUUUAUUGAUGAGGUCCACAUGCUCGACAUCGAAUGCUUUUCUUAUCUUAAUCGUGCUCUGGAGAGCUCAUUAGCCCCAAUCGUGAUUUUUGCUACUAAUAGAGGAAUAUGUAAUGUGAGAGGAACUGAUAUGACCAGUCCUCACGGCAUACCAGUUGACUUACUAGAUCGUCUGGUGAUCAUACGAACAGAAACCUAUGGUCCCACCGAAAUGAUUCAGAUACUGGCAAUUCGAGCACAGGUUGAAGAGAUUGAAAUUGAUGAAGAAAGUCUAGCUUUCCUUGGAGAAAUCGGACAGCGAGCAUCUUUGAGACAUGCCAUUCAGCUGCUAUCACCUGCGAGCAUCGUCGCAAAGACUAAUGGAAGAGAUAAGAUAUGCAAGGCUGAUCUGGAAGAAGUCAAUUCCCUCUAUCUAGAUGCUAAGUCUUCUGCCAGGCUUCUCCAGGAGCAGCAGGAAAGAUACAUUUCUUGAUUGCGUGCUGUCACUAAAUAUAAUCUGUGAGUUAGCAAAUAGCGCAAUAUUAUGAUGAGCAUAUCACCUUUCCUCUCUCUCUCUCUCUCUCUCUCUCUCUCUCUCUUUUUCUCCUCCUUUUUGUUGGGACUAAUUAUAACUUGGUAACAUCCAAGUACAUUCUAUGCUUUGGCUUACAGAGGGUUCACACUAGGAUUGACAGAUUCAAACAAUGUGGGGAUGGUUGCUUGUUGCAUGCUUACUGAUGUUGCUAAUUAAGUUUCCCAAGUUUUGUUACGGCACUUUGAAAAA